UGCAAUUGCCUGAAAUGCAGAAGAAAAAUCUAGACACAAACUAUUCCACUGUCUCUGCUCUCUGCGUUUUGCUUCAUAUUUUGUUUUGUGUGUGAUAGUAAAGUCUUGAAGCUGGGUUCCUGUUUCUGAACUCAAGCUCAAGCAGGUGACAGUGGCGUGUGUUCUAAUACUAGAAAAGCUUGCGGAAUCUUGUUCCUUGUUUGCUUUGCAAGAUAUUCCACCUCUUACACAGACACCCUUUCGCCCCACGUUGCAUCAUCUUCAACUCUGCAACUUAUUGAAGAGAUGACAACAUUGUCGGAUAUAGGGGUUGCUGCUGCCAUAAACAUUUCCAGUGCAUUGCUUUUCUUUGUGGCAUUUGCUAUUUUGAGGCUUCAACCUUGGAACGAUAGGGUGUACUUUCCAAAAUGGUAUUUGAAGGGUUUAAGAACAGAUCCAGUUCAGGGAAGAGCGUUUGUAAGCAAGUUCAUCAAUUUAGACUGGAGAGCAUAUAUUGGGUUUUUGAAUUGGAUGCCAGAAGCAAUUAGAAUGCCAGAACCUGAGCUUAUUGACCAUGCAGGAUUGGACUCUGUUGUUUACUUGCGAAUUUACUUGAUAGGGCUUAAAAUCUUUGUCCCCAUAGCAUUCUUGGCUUGGACUAUUCUGGUUCCUGUUAAUUGGACUAGUACUGGCCUUGAAGGAGCCCACAUAAGAAACAUAACUUCCAGUGACAUUGAUAAACUCUCUGUUUCAAAUGUCCAUAGUCGAUCUGAAAGGUUUUGGGGACACAUAGUACUGGCUUAUGCCUUUACCUUUUGGACUUGCUAUGUUUUGCUAAAGGAAUAUGGGAAGGUAGCAUCAAUGAGACUUGGUUUUCUUGCAGCAGAAAAGCGUCGUCCUGAUCAAUUUACGGUGCUUGUUAGAAAUAUUCCAUCAGACCCUGAUGAAUCUGUGAGUGAGCUUGUUGAGCACUUCUUUUUGGUCAAUCAUCCAGAUCACUAUCUAACUCACCAGGUUGUUUAUGAUGCCAACAAACUUGCUAAGUUGGUUAACAAGAAGAAGAAGUUGAAAAAUUGGCUUGUAUACUAUCAAAAUAAACUUGAAAGAACUUCAAAAAGACCCCAAAUAAAGACUGGUUUCCUUGGCCUUUGGUGAAAGAAAGUGGAUGCUAUUGAUCACCACAUCAAUGAAAUUGAUAAAUUGUCAAAAGAAAUUGUUGUAGAGAGGGAAAAGGUCACAAAUGAUCCCAAUUCUAUCAUGCCUGCUGCAUUUGUUUCAUUUAAAACAAGAUGGGGUGCUGCUGUUUGUGCACAAACUCAGCAAACUAGAGAUCCUACACUUUGGCUGACUGAGUGGGCUCCAGAACCGCGAGAUGUAUAUUGGCGAAACUUGCCAAUUCCCUAUGUUUCCCUCACUGUCAGAAGGUUAAUCAUAGCUGUGGCAUUCUUUUUCCUCACUUUCUUCUUUAUGAUCCCCAUUGCAUUUGUUCAAACCCUUGCAAGUAUUGAAGGAAUCCAGAAAGCAGCACCGUGGCUGAAGCCACUUGUUACUAUCCCUUUCAUAAAGUCAUUCAUUCAAGGUUUUCUGCCCGGUAUUGUGCUGAAGCUGUUCCUUAUCUUCUUGCCAACAAUAUUGAUGAUCAUGUCUAAAUUUGAAGGCUUUGAAUCUAUAUCAUCUCUUGAAAGAAGAUCAGCUUCUAGACACUAUCUUUUCAAUUUUGUGAAUAUAUUCCUUGGGAACAUACUUACCGGAACAGCAUUUCAACAGCUGAGUUCUUUCCUUCACCAACCAGCGAACCAAUAUCCGGUAACAAUUGGCACGGCUAUUCCUUUAAAAGCAAGUUUCUUCAUUACUUAUAUAAUGGUUGACGGAUGGGCUAGUAUAGCUGCGGAGGUUUUGAUGUUGAAACCGUUAAUUUUUUAUCACUUGAAGAAUUUUUUCUUGGUGAAAACUGAAAAGGACAGGGAAGAGGCCAUGGAUCCUGGGAGUAUCGGUUUCAACUCUGGAGAACCACGUAUACAGUUGUACUUUUUGUUGGGUCUAGUAUAUGCUGCAGUCACUCCUGCUGUUCUUCCUUUCAUUAUAGUUUUCUUUGGCUUGGCCUAUGUUGUCUUCCGUCAUCAGAUCAUUAACGUAUACAAUCAGGAGUAUGAGAGUGGCGCAGCAUUCUGGCCUGAUGUCCAUUUCCGUAUCAUUUUUGCACUGAUAGUCUCACAGAUAGUUCUGAUGGGGCUUCUCACCACCAAGAAAGCUGCUUCAUCGACUCCUUUUCUCAUUGUUCUCCCAAUACUAACCAUAUGGUUCCAUAGGUACUGCAAAGGCCGUUUUGAAUCUGCAUUUGUCAAAUUUCCCUUACAGGAAGCAAUGAUGAAAGAUACAUUAGAACGAGCAAUAGAACCUAACUUGAAUCUGAAAGGUUAUCUUCAAAAUGCCUAUGCUCAUCCAAUUUUUAAGGACAGCAUGGACGACGACACUGAUGAUGAGGAGAUACUGAGUAUGGACUUUGAAACCGAAAGUGCGAUUGUGCGCACAAAACGCCAGUCCCGAAAGAAUACACCAUUACCCAGCAGAAACAAUGCGUCAUCUCUUUCUUUGUCUGAUGGCAUUCAAAGUCAUCUAGAGCCUUAAAGAAAAAUGGAAUCACUGUACGUUUGACCUUAGAUCAUUAUUUUCUAGACAGAUUAGGAUUAUGUGCGAUGCAAUACA